GUUGUAGUAAUAUUGAAAAUAAAAGGAUAGAAAAAGUGCUAUAUCCGAGAGUCAGUGAGUGGGCUUCAUAGGAGCUGCAUCCCUUCUUGCUCCACCGCUGCGCCCAGCAGCAGCAGCACCAUCACUUCGCAGCCCGCAAACAAGCCGCUCCUGCCCGACAUUAUCUACAUCCACUCCGCUGGAAAGCAGCCUCUAAUGACGGAUGCAAUCAUGGACGACGGACCGAGGCGCGGUGCUUUUAAUCCCGAGCAGGCAGUUGAAGUUUAGAGGGAAGGCUCUUCGCGUGUCUCCCUCUUUACUUUCGCCGACCCCCUCCUCCUCCGCUGGCAGAAAUUUAUAAAGAACAAAAAAUCCGACGAGGGAGGGGAGGAGGGGGGCUGAUAUACGCCGAGGCUGAAAUCGAGAGGCGAACCCAGGGAAGAGGAGUCAUUUGUACACGGGACUUUCCCCCUCUGAGUCCCCCAAAAGGAGGGGGAAAAGUCGCAAUAUUGGAAACGAAAAGGAAUGCGCUUCUAAGGGCGUGAAAACGCCUGCAAUUGUGGAUACUUUAUAUAUUUUUAUUUCGAAAAAAUAUGGCCGAGAACGUUCUGGACUCUGGCCCGCCUUCAGCCAAGAGGCCUAAACUCUCUUCUCCGGCACUUUCCGCCUCCGCUAGCGAUGGAAAUGAUUUUGGCUCGUUGUUUGACUUGGAGCACGACCUUCCUGACGAGCUCAUCAGUUCAAAUGAACCGAGCCUGGUCAACGGUGGGGAUGUCAACCAGUUGCACACCACCCUGGGAGGAGGCCCAGCCGGCAUGGGUGGUCCUGGGGCUGGAAUGGGCCUGGGACUGGGCUCCGCAGGGGUCCAGGGCACUGGUCAGGAUGCUGUGGCCAAGCACAAACAACUGUCGGAGCUGUUACGGUCCGGGGGCCCCCCUCCACCCCAACCAGGCCAUCCUAUGAGCACUCCUGGGGGUCCAGCCGCCAUGAGCCAACACCUAGCAAACAUGAAGGCCUCUCCAGGCCCAGGCGCUCCGCAGAUGAUGGGCCAGGGGCAGCAGCACCUGUCUCCUCAGCAGCACCUGUCGCCUCAGCAACAGGCGUCACUGAUGCAGCAGCAGAACGCAGGGAUGAUGGCCGGCAUGAACCGGGGCAUGAUGGGAGCCCAGCAAAAGGCCAACAAUGGACAGCAGCCGGGCAUGAUGGCAAACCAGGUGAAUGGAUCUCCCCGCAUGGGAUUUGUUAACCAGGGGAUGGGCAACAACAGCAACCUGUUAGCAGAGACACUACAGGGACCUGCAGGCCAAGCAGGCAUGAGAGGCCAGCAACCAGGAGCCCUGAACAAGAUGGGGAUGAUGGCCUCCAGUGGGACCUUUGUUGGUUCUUAUCAAGGACAGGGGAACCAAGGCAUGGGAGGUGCAGGGCUGGGCCCUCAGAUACAGAACAAAGGUCCCAUGGCAAACAGUCUGGCCCAGUUUGGUGUGGAUAAGAAGAACUCCCCAAUGCAAGGAAUGGCAGCUAUGGGCUCUCCGCAGACGCAGGCAGGGCUGGGGGGUACCCCUGGUGCACCAGUAGGAGGACCCGCAGGGAUGGUGCCUGGUGCACAGGGUGGUCUGGUGGGUUCUGGGGCCCACGUUUCUGCUGCUUCUACUGCUGCCGUAGCGCCACCCACAGCUGACCCAGAGAAACGCAAACUUAUUCAGCAACAAUUGGUGUUGCUGCUACACGCACACAAGUGCCAGCGCCGAGAACAGGCCAAUGGAGAAGUCCGGCAAUGCAACCUGCCCCACUGUCGCACUAUGAAGAACGUCCUCAAUCACAUGACCCACUGCCAGGCUGGCAAAUCUUGUCAAGUGGCUCACUGUGCAUCCUCGAGGCAGAUCAUCUCCCACUGGAAGAACUGUACCCGACACGACUGUCCUGUGUGUCUGCCACUCAAGAAUGCUGGGGACAAGAGGAACCCGCAGUGUGAGUCUCUCCUGGCAGGGGCUGCUGCAGGUUUGGGUAGCUCUCUUGGUGCAGUUCCCGGUGGCCAGCCCAGUGCGCCCAACCUCAACCCUACGAGCCAAAUUGACCCCAGCUCUAUUGAAAGAGCCUAUCAAGCCCUGGGUUUGCCCUACCAAGGAAACCAGAUCCAGGCUCAAACGUCCCAGACCAACAUGCCCAGUCAAGGUCUGUCAGGCCAGGCUGGCAUGAGGCCACUCAACCCCAUGGGUCCAAAUCCUAUGGGAGUCAAUGGCGGUGUGGGAACUGCUGCUCAGAACCAGCAAGCAAGUUUGCUACAAGACACUAUGAUGCAUCUAAACGUGAACAACCAAGGUCUUCUAAACGAUGCAAGUGGGGUUGGCUCUAUGCCCACAGCAGCUCCUCCCUCUGCCACUGGCAUGAGAAAAAGCUGGCAUGAGGACAUCACACAAGACCUAAGAAACCACUUGGUCCACAAACUUGUGCAAGCAAUCUUCCCAACACCAGAUCCUGCAGCACUGAAGGACCGGCGAAUGGACAACCUUGUGGCUUAUGCUCGGAAAGUAGAGGGAGACAUGUAUGAGUCAGCUAACACAAGAGCUGAGUACUAUCACCUGCUUGCUGAAAAGAUCUACAAGAUCCAGAAGGAGCUAGAGGAGAAGAGGAGGACCCGGCUCCAAAAGCAGGGCUUGGGUCUUGGACCAGGUGGUAUGGGACAGCCCCCCACAGGACUACCUCCAAAUGGUCCUCUUCCUGAUCCAUCUAUGGUGCGAGCAGCCGGACCUAAUCAGUUAAACAGGAUGCAAGGACCAGGUAUGAAUCAGUUCAAUCAAAUGGGCAUGCCAACUAUGGGGCAGAGGUCCACCCCUCCUCUAUCUAUGAGUGCACCAGGAAACCAGUUGGGAAUGGUAGGGCCCAGGAUGGGGCAACCCAAUGUAAACCAACUACAAAACCAAUACAUGUCGCAGGGGCAGUUUCCCAGCUCAGGUGCAGGUGUGGGUGCAGUCCAACCAGGGAUGGCUCAGCCAGGUGCACCGGGAGGCAUGGGACAGACGCAGAUGGGCACUCCUCCUUCUCUUCCAGUAGCCAGUCCUCUCGCACAGCCAGGCUCAGUCGGUGGCCCCAGUGGUGCCUCCACAGUGGGGCCCUUGGGUCCCCAGAGCGUUGGCAGUGGAGGUCCAAACUCAGCUGUUGGACCCCCUGCUUCUUCAAUGACUCCUAAUGCGAACCAGCAACCAAAUGCCAUCUCGCAUUUGGGAGCCAUGCGAGGCAGCUCUCCCUCUCCUGCUCACAGUCGGUCCCCCACACCUCACCAGACGCCUCCCAGAAUACCUGGAUCCCAGACCCCUCAACCCCACACCCCCGGAGCAGCCCAACUGCCUCCCCCAGCUGCGCCCCAGCCAAACCAGCUUGGCCAGGGCCCAGGCUCAAAUAAGCCUCUUCAGCAGCACAUGGGGGCAGCAGGCUCCACCACUCCGUCACAUCCAGGACUAGCCUCCACAGCACAUGCUCAGCUUCCACGCACUCCACUGUCCCAGAAGGGCUCCUUUCCACCAGACAGCCAAGCUCAUACUCCAGCCUCUGUCAGUAGUUUGGAUACUUCUUCGCAGCAGCCACAGUCAGACACCUCCACCACAAACCUGGACUCCAAGAUGGAGAUCAAGCAGCAGGAUGAAGAGGAGGAGAGCGACGCCGGCAGCUGCUCCAAAGGAGGCAAGCUCAGUAACCUUAAGACUGAGGAGAAACCUGUGAAAUGUGAGCUGAAGAAGGAGGACUGCUCUGACGAAGGGGGCAAAGGAGCCCCCAUGGACACAUCCUCUUUGUCCACAACGUCAGGUGUCAAGACAGAGGACAGAAAGCCAGAUAUCAAGAAGGAGGUAAAGGACGAAGAGGGUUCUACAGAAACCACUCCACAGGCACCAGCAAAGAAAAAGAUCUUUAAGCCUGAGGAGCUGCGUCAGGCUCUGAUGCCUACACUGGAGUCACUGUAUCGACAAGACCCAGAGUCUCUGCCCUUUCGGAUGCCUGUCGACCCCCAACUGCUGUGUAUACCUGAUUAUUUUGACAUUGUGAAGAAUCCUAUGGACCUGUCAACAAUAAAAAGGAAACUUGAUACAGGUCAAUACCAGGAUCCAUGGCAGUAUGUGGACGAUGUCUGGCUGAUGUUCAACAAUGCCUGGCUGUACAACCGCAAAACAUCUAGAGUUUACAAGUACUGCUCCAAGCUCGCUGAGGUCUUUGAGCAGGAGAUUGACCCAGUCAUGCAGUCCCUGGGUUACUGCUGUGGGAGGAAGCUGGAGUUCUCUCCUCAGACCUUGUGCUGCUAUGGGAAGCAGCUGUGCACUAUUCCCAGAGAUGCUGCUUACUUUAGCUACCAGAACAGGUACCACUUCUGUGAGAAGUGUUUCAACGAGAUCCAGGGAGAGACGGUUUCCCUGGGAGACGAUCCCACGCAACCUCAGACAUCUAUCAACAAGGAUCAGUUUGAGAAAAAGAAGAAUGACACACUGGAUCCUGAACUGUUUGUUGAAUGUAUGGAUUGUGGAAGGAGGAUGCACCAGAUUUGUGUUUUGCAUAAUGACACAAUAUGGCCAUCUGGUUUUGUAUGUGACGGCUGCUUGAAAAAGACAAAUAAGACAAGGAAAGAAAAUAAAUACUCUGCCAAAAGGUUGCCCCAGACAAAGCUGGGCUGCUACUUGGAGACGCGGGUAAAUGACUAUCUGAAACGACAGAGUCACCCAGAGGCUGGAGAAGUCUUCAUUCGUGUUGUCCAUGUCUCUGAUAAAGUUGUGGAGGUCAAACCAGGAAUGAAGUCAAGAUUUGUGGACAGUGGGGAGAUGUCAGAGUCAUUUCCCUAUAGAACAAAAGCCCUUUUUGCAUUUGAAGAUAUUGAUGGGGCAGAUGUCUGUUUCUUUGGAAUGCAUGUACAAGAAUAUGGAUCAGACUGCCCUCAGCCUAACCAGAGGAGGGUCUAUAUCUCUUACCUGGACAGUGUGCACUUUUUCCGACCUCGAAGCCUACGAACUGCAGUUUACCAUGAAAUUCUCCUUGGAUAUUUGGAAUAUGUGAAACGAUUGGGCUAUACAACUGGCCACAUUUGGGCUUGCCCUCCAAGUGAAGGGGAUGACUAUAUUUUCCACUGUCAUCCUGCUGAUCAAAAGAUUCCCAAACCCAAGCGUCUUCAGGAGUGGUAUAAAAAGAUGCUGGACAAGGCAGUAGCAGAGCGAAUAGUGCAUGACUACAAGGACAUCUUCAAGCAAGCCACUGAGGAUCGUCUGACCAGUGCUAAAGAGUUGCCCUACUUUGAGGGCGACUUUUGGCCUAAUGUGCUUGAAGAGAGCAUUAAAGAGUUGGAGCAAGAGGAAGAGGAACGAAAAAGGGAGGAAAACAGCACUUCAAAUGAAAGCAUUGAUGACACAAAGGGUGACAGUAAAAAUGCAAAGAAGAAGAACAAUAAGAAGACGAGUAAGAACAAGAGCAGCUUGAGCCGAGCCAAUAAGAAGAAACCUGGGAUGCCCAAUGUCUCCAAUGAUCUGUCACAGAAACUCUAUGCCACUAUGGAGAAACACAAAGAGGUGUUUUUUGUGAUCCGGCUCAUUGCCGGCCCAAUGGCAAACGCCUUGCCCCCAAUUUCAGACCCUGAUCCUCUGAUGGCAUGUGACCUGAUGGAUGGCCGUGAUGCUUUUCUCACUUUGGCACGGGACAAACACCUUGAAUUCAGCUCUCUCAGAAGGUCCAAAUGGAGUACUAUGUGUAUGUUGGUGGAGCUGCAUAACCAAAGUCAAGACCGCUUUGUAUACACCUGCAAUGAAUGCAAGCAUCAUGUGGAGACCCGCUUCCACUGCACUGUCUGCGAGGACUACGACCUCUGCAUCACAUGUUACAACGCUAAGGGCCAUGACCACAAGAUGGAGAAGCUAGGCCUUGGCUUGGAUGAUGAAAGCAGUAACCAGGCGGCUGCCACUACCCAGAGCCCUGGGGACUCCCGUCGCCUCAGUAUCCAGCGCUGCAUCCAGUCUCUGGUCCACGCCUGCCAGUGCCGAAACGCCAACUGCUCUCUGCCGUCCUGCCAGAAGAUGAAGCGUGUGGUGCAGCACACAAAAGGCUGCAAAAGAAAAACCAAUGGUGGCUGCCCCAUCUGCAAACAGCUCAUUGCUCUGUGCUGUUAUCACGCCAAGCACUGUCAAGAGAACAAGUGUCCCGUCCCAUUCUGCCUCAACAUCAAGCACAAGCUGCGACAGCAGCAACUGCAGCACCGCUUACAGCAGGCGCAGAUGCUGCGCCGCAGGAUGGCCAGCAUGCAGAGACAGCCUACCCCUGGAAGUGGCCCUGGUGGAAAUGGCCUUCCGUCCCCAGGACCCAACAAUGGUGCGACAGGUCCUGGGACCCCAACAUCAGUGGGGACUCAGCCUUCAACCCCACAGACACCAACACAAGGAAACAUGGUUCUGCCCCAACAGCAGACAGUGGGCCUGGGGCCAAUGGGUGGACAGCCACAACAGGUCCCACAGCCAGGCGGCCCCCACCCUCAGCACCACAUGCACCAGUUUCCCUUGUCAGGGCCUGGAGGCGGGGGCAUGAUGAACGUCCCUCAGCAGAUGGUCCCUUCACUACCGCAGCAGUCCAAUGUCCCACAGCUCCAGCAGCAUCCGGGUGCUCUGCCUCCUUACAACCCCAGACCAUCAGGCGCCUCUCCAAUGCACUCAUUGGGAAAACCUGGACUGGGUCCUGCCACACCACCUCAGCAGCAACCUUCUCAAGGACAGGGUUCCAUGUCUAUCCCAGGCCAACAAGGACCUCCACUGGCAGCUGUAGAGACGGCUCUCAAAAUCCAGCGUCUAGCAGAAUCCCAGAGACAGAUGGCCCAGAUCAGGGCUAUGGGUCCAGGAGGCAUGUUGCCACCCCACACUCACCAUCCGAACCCUCAGGCUCAGAUGGGCAUGUCGCACAUGGGCUCCCAGAGCAUGCCCCCCCAGGGACAGGGGGUGGCCAGGACUAUGAUAGAACAGCAGCCCGGGAUGAUGGGAGGUCCCCAAGGCCAGCUUCCUCCCCAAGUCCAGCAGCAACUUCAACAGGUGCAGCAGGGAGGGGGACAGAUGCCUCCCAACCAGCAGUGGGGCUCUACAGGAGCAUCUAUGAAUGCACAGCAGCGGCCGCAAAUGUUGAGUCACAUGAACCCCCAGCAGCAGCAGGUUCCCCCACAACAGUCGCAGAUAAGCCAGCAGCAGAACCGUGGGAUGAUGCAGGGGGCAGCAGCAGCAGCCCUUGCUGGGGCAGGAGGAAAUCUGCCUCAGGCUGCUCUACAGGAGCUACUUCGGACGCUACGCUCCCCGAGCUCCCCCCUUCAGCAGCAGCAGGUCCUCAACAUCCUGCGCUCCAAUCCCACCCUCAUGGCUGCUUUCAUCAGGCAGAGGGCAGCACGCUAUCAAGGGGGAAACGGGCCAGCACAGGGAGGAGCAGGCAGAUUCCCUGGCCCUGGUGUGGGCGGGCCUGGGGCUAACCAGUUACCCAACAUGGAUGGACAGCAGCAGGUGGGCGCCCAACCCGGGAUGAACAUGGGCCAAGGGGCUCCUGGUGGUAACAUGGCCUCCAUGGCCCAAUUGCAGCAGCUUCAACAGCAGCGACCCAUGAUGCCUCCAAACCUUCAGCAGCAACAGAUGGCUGCCCUGCAGCAGCAGCAGCAACAGCAGGGGACGAUGGUGAGCCAGCAAGGCCAACAGUUUAGAGAACUGCUGCUGCGGAGACAGAUGCAGCAGCAGCAGCAACAGCAGCAGCAGCAGCAGCAACAGCAGCAGAUGAGCCAGGGCCAGUUCCAGCAGCAGGGCCAGCAAGGCUUCAUGCAGAGUCAAGGCCAGCCAGGUAUGCCCCCCUCCUCCCAGCCUCAGCCUGGAGCCCAGCAGCAGCCAGGAGGACCACAGGGUGCAGGUCCUGGGCAGGGAUACCAGGGAGCCUCCUCCCAGGUGGCAGCAGCCCUCCAGCAAAGACUUCAGCAGCAAAUGCACCUCCAGCAACAACAGAACGCAAUGGGUGGGAUGCCCGGGCCAGAUGGAGGGCCAGGUGGAGGACCAGGAGGACCUCAACUUCAACCUGGACCAGGAGGUCCUGGUCAGCCACAGCAGCAGCCUGGUGUGGGAGGGGGUCCACUUGGCCAGAACCAGGGUAUGCUGCACCAGAACAUUCAUCAGAGGCUACUCCAGCAGCAACAUCUGACAGGGGGCUCCCCGGCGCAGCACAGCAGCCCCCUGAGUCCACAGCAGCAGCUGGCCCAAUCGCCCCACCUGCAGGGACAGGCAGGGCUCGGUCCAACGGGCUCUUUAAGCAGCCAGGUCAGAUCCCCCCAGCCGUCCCCGCGCCCACAGUCCCAGCCGCCUCACUCCAGCCCGUCACCGCGCAUGCAGCCCCAGCCCUCGCCUCACCGCAUCUCUCCUCAGACUCAGACUGGCUCCCCGCACCCCUCCCACCUCAGCCAGCACCACUCCAUGGCCCCUCCACAGCCCCCACAGCCCCAGCAGCAGCCGCCCCCAGGAGCCUCUAUAGAUCCUGCCCAGUUUACACCAGACCAGAACUCUAUCAUGUCCCAGCUAAGUGGGAUGAGUGGGUUGCACAGUGGGCAAGGAGGACAGUCGGACAUUUUGGGAGGCAAUAGUAGUGGGACGGGUAACACCAAUCAGGACCUUGGGACAAACCUGAACCAUGGUCUAGAUUUGAUGUAGCCUUGACACCAGACUAUGUCGCCCAAAUCACAAACUGCCAUGGAAUGUGGGGGAGGCUCUAGUUUGGGGUUUUAGAAGUUUUAAUUUUUUAUUUAAAUAUUUUUGUGAUGUACAAAUGAGAACUGAAGCUUCCUUCCUAUGGGAGAUGCAACAUGAAUCUUAGAAGUCAGUAAAUGAAUAAAUUAAAACAAUGGUAAGUUAUUGCUGUUAAUAUAUAUCUAUAUAUUUUUGCCAAUUGUGUACAAAAGGUGGAAGGGCAGUGUUUCAGGUUGAAGAUAUUUCUUCCUUAGUCUAUGACAAUAUUUUUGGGGACUGAGAAUUUUGCCUUUUUAUGAAUAUUUUUAAGAUUUUAAAUGUGGCUAAAAUUAAAGUGAGUUGACACGACGUACCUUUUUAUAUUGUUUUGUUUUCCUCUUUAAAAGCCCACUUAUGAUUGUAUGUUUUUGCAGAGAAUAACUAUUUUAUUUCUGAAUUUAUUUUUGCUUUUGAUCACAAUACAAACAUCAGCAUAUCUUCCGUUUUUGUUUUCCAUCCCAGUGUAUAUUUAACUGUGACAGUUCACAAGUUUCCACUUUUGGGCAGGCUUUACAGGUUUUGACCUAAACCUGAGCAGUGUUUCGGGGUCGGCUUAUAAUGUUAAAAUAGCAACCCGGCCUACAACUACCCUUAAAUCUUUGCUCCUCUACGCACCUUUCCACCCCUCCAUCUUCAGUUCUCCUUUGAAUGUCUGUAGAAAUUAUUUUCCCGGUGUCCCCUGGUCUCCUAAAAGUAAGGGAUGAACUGUUGAUGCCUGGCUCGGUUCUCAAAUGUGGAACUGACCGAAAUCGCGGUUGUACAUAGAAGAUUACCUUGUUUAUAUACUGUGAUUCAAGAAGGGGUCGAGAAUGUUGUGUAUUAUGCUUUUAGAGGCUUAAGAAAUUCCGGCCUGUCCCAGAAUACGGUUUUCCCUUCUCACCCUCACGACUGCCUCUCAAGCCACACUUCAAUGUUAGUACUGUACAAAGUAAGACAAAAUAGUUAAUACGGUUUUGUAAUGAAAGUUUAAGAUGUAAAAAAGAAAAAAAGAACCUGUACAUACUUAUACCUUAUGAGCAGAGAGAGUAUUUUCUGCUGUUUUUUUCCCUCGUUUUGAUUGGAUAUUUGCUGUAUCUGUAAAAAUUAAAGUACUCCGGAGCUACUGUACAGUAUUGAGAUUUUUUCUAAGGUACAGUUUAGGGUGUGGUAGGUCACGAGCACCAAUGCGCCUUUUCAGUGUAUUUUUGACAUGGGUUUUGGGGGGAGGGAUUCUAUACAAGUCGCAUCUGAACUGUGGAAGUAGAAGCAGAGUAGAGAGUGUCGUCGAAGAUGUGGCGAGAACUAUUUAAAAUCUGGUCAUUUAGCUUUUUACGGAGAAGACACAAUAUUCACAUGCUCACUAUUUUUCUCUAAGGUUGCUGGGUUUGGGGUGGGCAUCAGAACCUGGUGGCAAUAUAUCUUGAGACUUAUUUUAUAAGAAAAAAACAAGGAAAACUGUCUUUUAUAUAUAGAUAUAUUAUUUAAUUUUAUUUUUUGGAAAUAAAACUUGAAGCUACAGGAAUUAUUAGAUAAAACAUGUUUUGUUUUGUAUUAAAGAUGUUAUUGUGAUGCAAAAAGACACUGCAGACAGUCAUUCAGUUUGCCCUGGGGAGGCUGUGGUCGGAGUAUAUUCUACCAUUCUUUUUGUGUACAUGAAUAUAGAUGUAAACAUACUGAAUCACUGUACAAAAUGAUGGCAACUGAUGAACAAAUAAUUUUGUUUUUAUCAUUACUUCUCCGAAAAGAGACUGGAAAUAAGACUAUUUAAAUAUUUGUUUAGUAUUCAGAUGGAAUCUUUGACCACUUUUUUGUUCCUCUUGUUAACAAUUUUGGUGCUUGCUGAGAGAAAGCAAAAAUAACUGUUGCUCCAUUUUCAUUAGUUUCUUUUUUAAGUUAUUUUGGUGGUCUGAUUGUUUUUUGCCAAUAAAUUAAUUGUACAAUAAAGUAUGUUUGUACCAUUGGGAAGAAACCAA